AUGACCUCUGGAUCGAAUCCUGCAGAGGCUGUAGAGAGCAGCGUGCUUGCUGACGGCACGUACGACGUGGUGAUUACUGGAACCGGCCUCACCGAGUGCAUCCUUUCAGGGCUGCUCUCCAAGCGAGGUUUCAAAGUGUUGCAUAUCGAUCGCAAUCCAUACUAUGGCGGUGCGUGCGCCUCGUUGGAUCUCCAGCAGAUGUGGAAAAAGUUCUGUUUGUCGGGUUCGAUUCCCGAGGAACUGGGGAGUGCUCGUGAGUACAACAUCGACCUGAUUCCCAAGUUUAUCCUUGCGACUGGGAAGCUGGUGCGGAUUCUCGUUUAUACGGGAGCGACGCGUUACCUGGAUUUCAAGCUGGUUGACGGAUCCUUUGUUCACACAGGUGACCGACCGCACCGCGUACCGUCGACACCCAUGGACGCCCUGCGAUCCAGCCUGUUUAGCCUUCUGGAAAAGAACCGUUGCCGUCAGUUUUUUGGGUUCGUCCAAUCGUACGAUCCGGAGCAGGUCACCCAGCGGGGGCCCGAUCCCAGAACGAUGACCAUGCGAGCGCUCUAUGACUAUUUCGGUCUCCAGGAGACAACGCGAACACUCAUCGGACAUGCGAUAGCGCUCUACACGAACGACGCCUAUCUGGAAUGGCCAGCGCUGCCAACCAUCGAGCGAAUCAAAGUUUACGCACAGAGUGUUGCCCGAUACGGCAGUUCCCCUUAUAUCUAUCCGAUGUACGGUCUGGGCGAAUUACCCCAGGCAUUCGCUCGACUCAGCGCUGUUCACGGGGGCGUCUAUAUGCUCCGAACCGACGUUGAAACGAUUCUAACCGACACCGAAACUGGACGUGUAUGUGGAAUUCGGACCCCAGAUGGCCGCGAAGCGCGUUGUCGCUUUGUUGUGGGCGAUCCGAGCUACUUUCCAGAUUUGGUGCAUCGAGUGGGGCGUAUCAUCCGAUGCUACUGUAUCCUGCGGGCGGCACCGGCACACAUCCGUGAAGCAUCAUCCUGCCAAGUCAUUGUACUGCACCGAGCAGUAGCCGCUGAGCGCCGCAACGACAUCUACGUACUGGUACUCAACAGCGCACACCGCGUCGCUGCGCCGGAUCGCUAUAUCGCCUUGGUGAGUACCGUCAUGGAAACCGCGGACGCGGAGCAGGAGAUUGAGGCAGGUCUAGCAAUUCUCGGUGGUGAAGCCAAUAUUCUCGCCCGUUUCCUCACGGUCGACGACGUUUUCGAACCGAUACACGACGGUCGAGAAUGCGGUAUCUUUGUGAGCAGAAGCUACGACGCAACGACGCAUUUUGAAUCGACAACUGAGGACGUGCUCGAUCUCUACAGGCGCAUCGUCGGUGAAGAGUUGAUGUUUGAUGACAAGCCCGUUUGA